CUGUUUGAAUUCUAUGAGAAAGAAGCAGCUCAGAAAUUUAUCUGUGAUCAUAUACAAUGUUUCAAAGCUGAAGGAAGCCAUGGAGUGAUCUUAUUUGUAUAUAGCCUGCUUUUCUCUAGGAUGCUGGAAAGACUCCAAGAAGACCUAGACUUCACAACACCUCAUCUGUUACAAUUCAGUCUUGGAAACUUCAUCUGUAGGCAGGCAAUUAUCAACGUCAUUUUAACAGGCAGAGCAAGUCCACAUGUGUUUAAUGGGUUCCAGAAAUUGACCAGUGAAGGUGGAGUGCAAGAACUAUUGCAUGGAGUCCUGGCCCGCAGUGAUAUAGGCUAUUUACACUGGAACAAGGAGGAAGUGGAGCAUGGCAGACCCCUCCAGGUUGGGAGCAUGCUCAAGACUCCUAAAUUACCCAUCUGGCUGUGCAAGAUCAAUGGAACAUACAGUGUUCUUUUCAGCACAAACAGGCUGCUGUUAUCUGACUGGAAAAUGGAACACAUCUUUGACCUUUACUUAUAUAAUGGGCAGCCAUCACAGAAAACAACGAUGCAUCUAACAAUAGACACGCAUUCUCAUCAUUGGGAGAAGCAUCACUGGGAAGAAAGUGAUCCAGAAAAGAGAUUUCCUUCUGUGGAGAUGGCCAUCAGAACUAAGUGGGAAGGGGCAGCCAUCAGCUGGAAUGGGGCUCUCUCAUUCUUCUGACGAGACUGCAUGCAUGUGGCAUCCGCUGCCGCGACGGGCGCUGUCAAGUACUGACGUCCACUGACGAAGAAAACGCUUUGUUACCAUUAGAACAAUCUUUAGCCUCUUAACAGGAUUCGCAUCUUAGACUGACAUUAUGUCUACUGUGAAUCACUUUGCAUUUGGUUAUGAAUUAUCAUUCACAAGACUGGAGAAUUCAUUAUGAAACUGUUUCAGACUAUACAAGAAUUCUAGGAGGGGUGUCAUUUGUGAUGCACACACACACACUCAUCACUACUGCAGGCUGAAAAAAGGGUAAGGCAAAAGGGGAGCAUGGCCUAGCUAGGGGCACGGCCUCAGAGAGGAGGGGAAGAGUAGAGGGUGGGGCCCCAUGGCAAGGGCAGGCUACUAGGCACCCAAACACACACACUAGAAGAGGCUGGUGCCACCCCUGAGCCACUGGCAGAUGCGGAGCAGUGCCACAGGACAU